AUGUGCAGCAGCAAUGCCCUAGGACAAAUUCCCAGAAGCGAUCCCCCAAUCCUCUUCACUUUUGCCCGCCGCCUCACUCGCCCCGAAAGCUCUCCCCACUUCGUCUCAUACCCGGCCGGGCCAAGACGGUGGCCCGUUUUCCGGUGUUCCGUGAACGACGUCGUUUCGGAGCGACAGGCCAUGAGCUUCUACGAGUUGCUCGGCAUACCCCAGACGGGUUCCCCAACAGAAAUCAAGCAGGCGUACAAGCAGCUCGCCAGGAAGUACCACCCAGACGUGUCUCCUCCGGGUCGGGUCGAGGAGUACACGCAGAGGUUUAUUCGUGUGCAGGAGGCGUACGAGACGCUGUCUGAUCCUAAGACGAGAGAAUUGUAUGAUCGAGACAUGGCCAAGGGGGUUCACCUCGCCUUUACUGCCCGCAAAUUUCAUGAGAACAUAGAUGACAAGGCUGAGUGGAAGAGCCGUUGGCAGACUCAAUUGUCGCAACUCAAGAAAAAAAGUAUGCAAAAGGAUUCUGAUGAUGAAAAUAUGUCAUGGGCUGCAAGAAUGCGGAGAGGAAGGAAUGAAGAAUAG